AUAUUUCCACAAGGGAGUACAGCUGUUGAAGCCGGUAGAAUUGCUACAAAUCGUUCAUGACAGUUUGAUUGCGAGGACAAGUUCAUGAGUCGUCACUUCCAAUUACAGUUUCAGGCUGCUGAAAUCAAAGUACAUGUUGAGAUUUCUUGAACUGAUCGUCGUCCUAUAAUUUGAUCAUCUGUGGAAGGUCGUAGAAAGCGGCCAUGUUUGAUGAGAAUCGGAAGGUGUGGGUCCCUCAUCUGGAGCAUGGCUUCCAGCUGGGGAGGAUCAUUGACAUCGGGGUCGAUGGCAUCACCGUCCAGCCGGUAGACUCAGGCAAGGCUGUGAGUGCAUCGUAUGAUAGGGUCUUCCCAGCAGAAGAUGAUGAAGCUAAAGUAGUGGAUGAUAAUUGCUCCUUGAUGUAUCUGAAUGAGGCCACGUUACUCAACAACCUCCGGCUACGCUACAAGAAAAAUAGCAUCUACACAUAUGUGGCCAACAUCCUAAUAGCUGUGAACCCAUACAAACAGAUGGGGGAUCUCUACACGUCCAGCAACAUCAAGAAAUACCAAGGAAAGUCCCUCGGCACACUACCGCCUCAUGUCUUUGCUAUAGCUGACAAGUCAUACCGUGAGAUGAUCACGUCCAAACAGAGUCAAGCUAUCAUCGUGAGCGGAGAAUCUGGAGCCGGCAAGACAGAGUCUACCAAGUAUAUACUCAGGUAUCUGACAGAGUCUCACGGACAGAGUGCAGGGAUCAUAGAGCAGAGGAUCAUUGAGGCUAACCCGCUCCUAGAAGCCUUUGGCAAUGCCAAGACGGUCAGGAACAACAACAGCAGUCGCUUUGGAAAGUUCAUGGAAAUGCACUUUGGAGAGAAGCACGAUGUUGUUGGAGGCUAUGUAUCCCAUUAUCUACUGGAGAAACCACGAGUCUGCUGGCAGAACGGAGAGGAGAGGAACUAUCAUGUAUUCUAUUACCUGUGUGCCGGUGCUCCAGAUGACCUCCGCACUAAGCUACGUAUCCAAACCCCCGAUGAUUAUCAGUACUUACGGAAUGGAAUCACUCAGUACUUUGCUGGCAAAGAAUCCCAGAAGCAAGUGAAAGCAGACAGGCAGAGCAAAAUGUAUAAGAAGAAGGGCGCGCUGCAUGACAUCCAGGUGGAUGAUUACCGUGGUUACCAGAGAGUGGUGGAUGCACUCCGGAAGAUCGGUCUCAAACCCCAGGAGGAGUAUGACAUCCUGCGUAUCGUGGCGUGUGUCCUUCAUCUUGGGAACAUCGCAUUCACCGGCAAUGACAGCCAGGAGGGUGGCUGUGGCGUAUCACCUGAUGCCCAGGAUUCCCUCAAGUUUGUAGCAGACCUCAUCAAGGUGGAUGCCAAGGAACUGGAACAAUCUCUAACAUCUCGUACCAUGCAGGCUAGGGGGACAGUCAUCAAAGUGCCGUUGAAGAAAGAGCAAGCGUCCAACGCUCGUGAUGCCCUGGCCAAGGCUGUCUACUCCCAUCUCUUUGAUCACAUUGUAUCCCGCAUCAACGAGUGCUUCCCUUUCAAGACCUCAGCAAACUUCAUUGGCGUGCUGGACAUCGCAGGAUUUGAAUUCUUCACCCUCAACAGCUACGAGCAGUUCUGCAUCAACUACUGUAAUGAGAAGCUACAGCAGUUCUUCAAUCUUAGGGUGCUCAAGGAGGAACAAGAGCUUUAUGAGAGGGAGAGUCUGGGUGUAAACACAGUCAACUAUGUGGAUAACCAAGAUUGUAUCGAUCUGGUUGAACUCAAACCUAACGGUAUUCUAGAUCUACUGGACGAGGAGAGUAAGCUACCCAAAGCCAGCGCAAACAACUUCACUCACAAUGUGCAUCAGAAACAUAAAACUCACUUCAGGUUGGCUAUCCCUCGUAAAUCCAAGUUGACGGCUCAUCGUAACCUCCGAGAUGAUGAAGGAAUCCUUAUAAAGCACUUUGCUGGGGCUGUGUGCUAUCAAACUAGUGAAUUCAUAGAGAAGAACAACGAUGCUCUGCAUGCCUCUCUAGAGGUUGUUAUACGAGACUGCAAGGAUCCUUUCAUUACCAGUCUCUUCCCUAAGAACGACAAGGAACCCUCCAAGGGGCGUGGAGGACAGAACGUCCAGAAACUGGCCUUCGACAGUGUGGGAAAUAAGUUCAAGGUACAACUCAACCAGUUAAUGGAGAAGCUUCGAAGCACUGGAUCCUCUUUCGUACGUUGCAUCAAACCCAAUGGCAAGAUGGUGGACAGUCUGUUUGAAGGGGGACAGAUUCUCAGCCAGCUACAGUGCUCAGGAAUGGUGACUGUACUGGAUCUGAUGCAGGGAGGUUUCCCAUCCCGAACACAGUUCUCAGAUCUGUAUAACAUGUACAAGCAGUACAUGCCACCAGAGCUGGUCCGUCUAGAUCCAAGGCUAUUCUGUAAGGCCCUCUUCCAUGCACUCGGACUGGACGAGAACGACUACCAGUUCGGUCUGACCAAGGUGUUCUUCAGACCAGGCAAGUUUGCUGAGUUUGAUCAGAUGAUGAAGUCCGAUCCAGAGCACCUGAGGAUCCUGAUCAAGAAGGUUCGUCGCUGGCUCAUCUGCACACGCUGGAAGCGAGGACAGUGGGGUACCUUGAUGGUCAUCAAGUUGAAGAACAAGAUCUUGUACCGUUGCGCUGCCCUUGUCAAGAUGCAGAGUACUGUGAGGAUGUUCCUAGCGAUGCGCAAGCACAGACCCAGGUACAGGAGCCUCAAGCAAGUUAAUACACUUAGCAAGGAGCUCGACAAGCUGGCACAAGUUGCCAAGACAGUCAAGGACAAGGUUGCCCAACAACAAGUUGCUGCCACCAGCAAGGCUCUACAGGAUCUUAUUAUUAAGAUUAAGACCACGAUCAUGACCCGAAGACAGAUGGAGGAUGCAUACCUCAAUCUCUCUAACCAGAUGAGGAAGCAGCUCCUGGACCUGAUCAACAAGAAGAAGGCAGAGGAUGCAGAGGCAGACAGACUGCGGAAGAUACAGGAGGAGAUGGAGAGGGAGAGGAAGAGACGAGAAGAGGAGGAGAGGAAGAGGAAGGCAGAGCAGGAGGAGAGAGAGAGAAAGAAGUUGCAGGAGGAGGAAGAGAGGAAACUGAAAGCAGAGAUGGAAGCUAAACGCCUACGAGAAGAAGAGGAGCUUCGUAUUCAACUUGAAGAAGAACAGAAGAAAUUAGCCGCGGAGAGAAAGCAGAUAGAAGCAGACCGACAGAAGCUGGAAGAGAUGCAGAGACAAGCGGAAGAAGAACAACGUAGAAGGGAGGAGCAGGAACGCCGUGACUAUGAAUUAGCCCAGCGUCUCUCGGAGGAAGCUAAUUCUCAGGUUAUCGCAGAGGAAUCUCUUGUAGCUCGAGCUCAAGCAAAAGUUGUAGAAACUGCCCCUCCCCGUGUAGAAACUGCCCCUCCCUGUGUUUCUCAAAAUACAUCUCCACCUAAAUCUCGACCAGUAUCUCAACAUAUAACUCAACCUAAUUCUCCUUCUUCACCGCGACCUGAAUCAGCAGCCGUACCUGAACCUCUAUCUCCAACCCAAGGCAUUUUUGCUGAGGCUACCGUUGUCCAAGCCGCCGCUCCAACCAAAUCCCUUGAUCUGACAACAUGGAAGUAUGCUGAUCUCAGAGACACUAUCAACACCUCAAUCGAUAUUGCGCUCCUGUCAGCCUGCAAGGAGGAGUUCCAUCGUCGUCUCAAGGUCUACCACGCCUGGAAGAUGAAGAAUAAGAAGGUUGCCGCCGGCGACAAGGGCGGACCAGAGAGGGCUCCACAAUCCAUCUUUGAAAGUGCCCAACAAUACAACCAGCUGGCACCCCCUCCGAAAGCCACCAAGGCUGCCCCAGCCAAUCAGAACAUCCAACGCUUCUUCAGGGUGCCUUUCUCCGUGACUGGGUCCACCGCUCAGGGUCAGAUGCCCGAGAGGGGUUGGUGGUACGCCCACUUUGACGGUCAGUGGAUCGCCCGCCAGAUGGAGGUACACCCCACCAAGGUCCCCGUUCUUCUGGUUGCAGGUAAAGAUGAUGAGAACAUGUGUGAGAUGAGUUUGGAGGAGACUGGGUUGACACGACGUCCCAACGCCGAGAUCGUCGAGCGGGAGUUUGAGGAGCCCUGGAAGCGUAGCGGCGGUCAGCAGUACCACAUGGCUGCGGUACGCAACAAGCAGGCUAGACCAACGUGGGCCACGCAGAGCUUAAAAGCUCGUUGAUGGUAGAUCAACUCCUAGGGAGAAUGAAUGAAGAAAAUUUAAAUGCCUUUGUGUAUGUGGAACCUAAAUGUGCACUCUGCUUCAUGAGCCUUGUAAUGUAUUGAAAUUAUACCGUUAUCAAAAUUUAGUGCAUUUUUGCAGUGAACCAAAAGGAAGUUGUCUGCAGUAGACUUUAUUAGGAGUUUGACACCAAGAAACUUGUCUUGUUGUAGGAAAGUUAUAUUUCAUGAAAUAACAAUGUAAUUUUGUGAGUGAGAAUUAGAUCAGCUGUGAAUUUUGUGGAUCUUAUCUCACUAGUUUGGGAGCAGUGGUGAAACAAGAUGAACCUUGCAGUGGAGUUGGGUUUAAUUGUCACCAGGGGGGUGUUUCACCAAACUUGUCAUCAGUGACAAAUGACAGUUGUUGUUAUAAGCUACUGAAAUCCUUGCUUCUGAUUGGUUAUCAACAGAUUUGUCACUGAUAUUUAUCAUUUGCAUUGAAAAAAGGCUUUGUGAAACAGGUCCCUGGUCUAUGCCUUCAAAUUGUACACACACAUGUAGUAGUUGAAGAGACAUGAGGCUCUUCCAGCACAGGUUUUCAAAGGUUUUGUUUUCAUUCAGGGAGUAUUCUUUAUAAAGUAGGUAAAUCCAGUGUAUUUGAAUAUCAAAAGAUGAAAUUACAGAAUUCUGACUAAAUAAAAUAAUCAAUAUUAAUAUCAUGAAAAGUGAUUUGUAUUUACAGAUAUAUGGUUUAAUGUGUAACUGCACAGAGAGCAUCGCAAUUUAGGUAUUGAUGAAUAGUAUGCAAGGGGGUAGUUAUGAUGAUAUGAAUAAAACAAUUAUAAAUAACAUUGCACAAUUGAUUUUAUCUUGCACACCUUGACGUCAACCCAAAGAAAAGAUUUUAGAUAACAAUUACAUUCCAAGGUGUAUUGACAAAGGCAUCUAGGGCACUUACUCGGUCAUGCUGUAUUUGUACUUUAUGCAUGUACAUGUAUGUGUUUUGUGCACAUUCAUUUACAUUCUAAGAUAAAGUCAUACUUUUCUUCUUAUGCGUGACUUUUGAAAGCGUUUCAGGACUUAACAUUCCUUCUUUUCUAUAAUUCUGUAUCAAUUUCACAUCCACGAACAUUCUAUACCGUAUUCCAAUUAUUCAACAACUUUUGAAAGAAAUGGGAGCGAGAAUUCAAUGCAUAUGCAGCAGUUGAAGCAAACUUGACCACUCUUUGUGCUGAUCUAUCUAUCAUUAGAGACAUGCAUCAACUGUAACAUGUGGAGGUAGUAUACUAUACAGUUGUCUUUCUAAACGGAGGGAUAAGCGCUGAAAAGAAAAUACAUGUUCUGUAAAACCUGUCUAUAAAGACCACCCAAGGUAGACAAGAAAAGUACAUGUACUGUUUCCAUGAGAACCUUUUUUCAAGGGAAACAAAAAAUGUGGUCUUUGUGGUCACUAAAGCCGGUUUGACUGUAUUAGGAUAAAAGGUGGUAUAGUGAUAGGCUUGCAUUCAUGUACACAUUUGUUAUCAUUUUUAUGGCAUGGCAUUUCUACCUUUUCCAAGAAAGCAUUGUACUUGGAUACCUCAAUCAGGAUUUCAUGAUAACAAUUUGGGGCAUUUGAUAUCUAACUAUAUCAUUUUUUUGUUUAAAGUUGAGUUAUUCCUACAGGCUUGUAAUUUUGAUGUUUUUUGUGUUUUUCGAAACUCAAGAAUGAAAAGUGGAUUGAUCGAAUUAAUCCCAUGGUUGAAUACUUUUAGGAGUAAGCUUCGAUCAAUGUCACUUUCUAGAAAAAUGGGGACAAAUCAAUUUCGCAUACAGUACUUGAAAACACACAAGACUUGGUAUGGGUCUGAAUAAUUUAGUUUGUUCAGAAGAAUUACAUAUGCAUGUAUACACAGGCUUCUCUACUUGGCAUUGUUUACCCUAGGUAAAAAUUGAAAAAGGUAUGGCUUUCCGGUAUCCCGGCCAGGAGGUGAUUCGAAAAGACAAAACUAAUUUGACUUUAAACAAAAAAGUAUCCCCCAUAAGUUUCAUACUGUGUAUGAGCACGAAUGGUGUGUUAUGCACCAACGAGAACACUGUGUACCGGUAUGCAUUCUCUUUGUAGCUGUAUUCUCUUGAUGUUAAAUGUCUUUCACAAACUCACAAAGUGUCGUGCAGCAAGUGCUUACAGACCAAGUGUAAUUUUUUAGAAAAAUCUUUGCUCGUCUUUCACAAAUCUACAUCUACACAUUUGUAUUUAACAGCUAGAUGAUAAAUUUCAUAUACAUUGUAUCUCAUGUUGGGAAACUGCAAUAUGUUUUAUUGCAGUUUUGUGACGAAGUAGAGUGUUUAUUUGUUUACGAAUACCAUUUUACACCAGCCUUGAUAACUACGAGUGUACAAGUAAUAUAACCAACAAAAUCUGUAAAAAAAUAAUUUUCGUCACAAUCGGUCACUUUAGCUUUGAAGUCAAUAGAUACUUUAUAUUUUGAUGCACAUACAUAAUGUGCCUGCCAUUUGUGCCCAAUUUCAAAUCAAUAGAUCUGUCCUACGGAAGACUUCUUGAGGCCAAGUCAAGAAAUAUAAAACUUAAAUCAUUCAAUUAUGUUUUUUGCAUAGAAUCAUAGAAUUUAAGUACAUACCAGUUUAAAAGUUUCAAGCUUAGUUGGAAGUAAUCCGGUGCACAAAUAUGGAAUACGUGUACAUGUAGUGGUGCAUAUGGGUUUUGACAUCAUUAUGGUUUAAAGCUUGCUCAUUUAUUCCUUGAAAUAUUGAUAUUUGGUUUUCAUUUUACAUACUGAAUAUAGAUAAAGUCAGUCUAUUUAGCAGUAAGGAAUUGUUUCUUUCCAAUCAGCUAGCAUGCUGCAUGUUAACAUCACUACAUUGUUUCAUAUCAUAGAAUAGAAUGUUUACUAAAAAUGUUGUAAAUUUGUACUAUUGUUAUUAGAGUAUGCUUCUUUUCAGAGAUUAUUUUGUUUUCCAUGUCUUAAAGCUUUAAUUUUAUUUGCUAACAUAUUAUGUGUAGUUACGAAGAAAAUUCUUCAUUGGAAUAUUUCAUGUUUAUGCAUAUCCAGUUCCCAAAAUAAUUUAGGAAAAAAAAGAUUUAAAAAUAUGGGACAAAAUUCAAGAUGAAAAAGAUACGUGUUGUAUAAAAGCCACUGCAAAUAUGUCAACAUUUGUAGAUGCAUUUUGACAAAUUAUAGAUUGCUUUUUGCUCGUUUGCCAAGUAUCAUGGGAAUAGUAGGCCUACAAGUUGUGUGGCACACUGUACAAGUAAAGAAAAGUAAAAUGGAUGUUUGUUACGUCAGAUAUGUGCAAUAUUUUAUUGCAUGCUGGCACUCUGUCUCUGUGCUUCAAAUUGUGCAAACUGUUUCAAAGGAACUUGAUGUCUAAUUGCAGAGUGCUACAUAUCUGAAUAUAUGCUAGAGUUAUCAUGACAAUACUCCUGUGCCUUUGAACAAGAAGUAUUUUUUUUUUUUAGAGGAUGUACAAUUCAUGUAAUGGUACUGCAUUGUAACACACCAAAUUACUACAUACAUGUACCGGGUAUAUAGUCAUCAAUUUUGAUUCUCUGGGAAUUUAUAUCGGAAUAAUGUUACAUUAUACCUAAUAGAAAUUCCACUGGGACAGCAAUUCAAAUACAAUUAAUAAACUGCAAGCAGAAGAUAGUUAUUUGCAAACACAGAAUAAUUUAUUUUUUAUGAAUCUGGGUCCCAUUGAACAAGUGUUAAUUUUAUAACAUUCUUCUCAGUGGGAUGUCCAUGCGUCUAGAAAUACGACUUUUGCGAGAAAUUGUCGACUUCUGCGAUUGGCAGGCACUACACCUUUAGAAAUUAGAUGUACGUAUAGCUUAUAGUUGGACAUACAUGUAUUGUGCCUUGGUGGUCGCUUGCCCAUUAUAAUAGAUGUAUUGAAAGUAGCAAUAGAAUGUAUUUGUAUUCAAAUUUGGUGCAUACAUAUUGCACUUGCUGCAAUGACAAUUCAAAAUGUUCAUCUCGUGUUCAUAGUGAUAUUAUUCAUCUUAUACAAGGCAAACUGUAUGCAUAUAUAUUGAAAAUCAUGUUUGAAUUCAUUAGUUCGUACCCAGAUAUAGUAUUAUAUUGUAUUCAGCAGCACUAUACGCAUAGAGCACCUGACUAUGAGGAGAAUACCAUGUGAAUGAAUUCUAUUUAUUAUAACUUUAUCAAAUGGUAGUACUUAAUCAGCGUCUUUCACUAAAUCAAUACGUAGAUAUUUAGAGAGAAUUGAUGAAUAUUGCUUAAAGCGUCACUAAUCAAUAUAUUUUAUACACUAGUUAUUGAUAUACAUAUUGUAUUUGUGUGUGUGAGGAGGCUAGCCUUGCAGUAUAGUGCCUUGUCAAGAGUUUUGAUGGGCAGCGACUUGUGCAAAGUAGAUUAUAAUUACAUUUAGGUUUUUGCAAAAUAGAUGUGGCAAUGUACGGAUAGGCAAGAUUUGUGUAGAUUUGUAGGAAUGGUAGAAGUAUCAAAGUCACUAGUUUUCAUCCACAUCUCAAACUCAUUUUGAAAUGUAGUUUCAAAGAUUGAGAAUAGAAAUAGGGCCUACAUUUUUCACAUUUACCUAAUAUGGUUUGGUUGUAGGCAACAAUUUAUGAUAUGUUGGGCAAGGCAUGAUCAAGACAAUUCCCAUGACAUGUAACUUGCUGCAAUGGCAAUGGUCAAGCUCAGCUGUAAUGCUCAUCUAUAGGCCUAUGCCUUAAAUACAAGUACUGAAUUUUGGGCUACGCUUGUGAGAAUUGGUCACUUGAUUCAGAUGCAAAAUUAAGUUAGUUACUUAGUAUUCAAUGUUUGCACUGAAAAUAUGACAGUUGAUGUGAUUCAAGCCUCGACGGAAGUCCACUUGAAGUAUUUGUUGCAAUGUAAUGCUUAGAAUAUCAGUAUGAUUUAUAGUGCAUAUGGCAAUACCAAGUACAUGUAGCAAGUGUGUACAAUCUACUAUGUAGAUGUAUUUGUGAAAAGGCAAGCCUUAAUGUACAUCGAUCUGGUUAAUUCAUCUGUUGAUUAGAUGGGAAUGCUUUUUUUUUUUUAAUAGAGUACUUUACUACAAUUGAUUGAUACAGCUUGUAAAAUUCCAAAGUGUUUGCCUUUGUGUUGAGAGUUCUGGUACAAGUUAGAAUAAUGUUAAUUGUACAUUCAAGUUACUACUUAUUUCUCUUGUUAAUUGUAGGUCGACAUUAACUUAAAAAGUAAUGUAAUUGCAUUCAGGUAUGGACAUUUAUUUUAUAGGACACAAGGAUAUAAACAUUGGAUGUACAUGAUAUGUACUCCAAUGAAUUAAUUAUUCUAGAAUGUGACACAGGUGGAGUUUGGAUGGCCUUUAGUUUACUAAACAGUCGGGUAAGUGCAUGUCACAAUAGAUAUAAAAUGUGCCACAGGUUUGUGUGUGGUGUCUUCGAGUGUGUUAUUAAAGGGGUAACAUUGAAAACAGGGAAAUUUCCCAAUUGUUGGGCAUCAUUCUCUGAGAUCUGGAAAUAUACCCCGAUUUCGACACGCUUUUUUGAGGUUUCCCAAUGUGAAGACGAAAUACAUGUAAACAAAUAUUUUUGGCUCGUGUGACAUGCACUUCAACCGUUUGGAUUGGUGUUUCACAUUAGAUAUCUAAUAAAAUUGCGCUCUAGCACCACACAAGCAA